AUGGAUGUCCCAGCUGCCGCUAACGCCCUGGGCACACUGGGCGCACUCAUCCCGCAAAUCAUCAUCAACUACCGUCGCCACAAUGCGACCGGCCUGCAACCCUCCAUGAUGAUGCUCUGGGCCUGGGCCGGUGUGCCGUUGGGUGUCUACAACAUUGUCGAGGACUUCAACAUCGCCCUUCGCAUCCAGCCCCAGAUUCUGACGUUCCUAAGUCUGGCAACCUGGAUCCAGUGCUGCUACUACGAACGGAACUGGUCCGUCCUCCGUUCCCUCGCGGUCGUGACUCCCAUCGCGGCCGUCAUGGCCGGGAUCCAGGCAGCUCUCGUCUUCGCUCUGCGCAUCCCCAAGUCCCGCGGCACCGAGUGGCCGAUGAUCGUCAUGGCCGUGCUCUCCGCGGCCCUCCUCGCCGCCGGCGUGCUGCGGCAUUAUUGGGACAUCUACGUCCACCGCACCGUCCGCGGCAUCUCGUUCAUCUUCGUCGCGAUCGACGCCGCUGGAGACGUCUUCUCGCUUGCGUCAAUCUUCUUCCAGCCUUCCGUUGACAUACUCGGUGUCAUUAUCUACGCCACCGAAUUCGUACUCUGGUGCGGCGUGUUCGCCUGCGGUGGAUACUACAACUUUUUGCCGUGGUUCCGGAAGAAAAUGCUUGCGAAGGAGGAUGCCGGACGUCCCAGUCCCGCGGAAGUGAACUCAAACCAUGCAGACGACGUUUCGGCAGGCAAUGGAAUUGCACUGCACGAUAUGCCCUCUUCAACAUCCGUCUUUCGCACCGCUUCUGGCGAGGAGCCUGGCCUUCGCUCCAGGGCUAUCACGUCUCGCGCCAGUCAAACUGAUAACACAGACUGA